AUGCACAUACCACCUGACCCAGGUUCGUCGGCGUCGCCUCCUGCAGGGGUUGGCGAAUCCAACUCCCUGCCGGUUUCUCUCGACCACCCUGCCGAAGAGCAUCAUGUCCCCGGUCCAACGAAGCCCUCCCAGCCAGUCGUCACUUUGCCGCCACCCUACACUGCUGCGGACGUGCCAUCACAGUCGACGGGGGCAGUCGCCGGUUCAUCUGACCAAGUCUCAUCGCAACCGCAGAAUGCUCCUACCAAGAACCAAACCGCCUUUCUCGCCCAAGUAGGAAAAUGGUUUGAAGCCCACAAACUUGCAGCCAGUUGCAUCGCACUCUUCGUUGCUUUCGCCGGGUUGCUGGUGCCAUCAUCUCCGUGUUCCCUAGCUUCAAAAGCCAGUAUCUGUCUGAAGAAGCACUUGAGCUCUCCCGCUGGACAGCUUUCAAGGAUUAUAUCCAGGUGUGCAGUGAACUUGUGGCUUCGUCGUCUUAGACAGGGCAAGUAUUACGAAAAGUGCUCCAACACCAACCCACGCAGUAUCCAUGCCAAUCCGGGCCAUGGACCAGUGCGGUCGGAACAAGCCGGGUUACGCACAGGGUAUUCCUACCGCACUGCCACGCGCUUGUUCAGGAGAAGCUAUCAUCCGGAGCUGGCGUGA